AUGCCUUGGCUUGCCGGAGAUGCGAAGAGCGGGGCUCAGAAUCCCGACUCGGCUUCGGAGCUGGCUGUCAGCCACCCGAGCGCUGAGAUGGACACAUCGGAUGACGACUCCAACAUGUCGGACAUUCUUACAUCCGAAAGACCGUCGCAUUUGCAGUCGCUCUUCCAAAAUGAUUGGCUCAGCUUAGAUAGCCGCCACAAAAAUGGCCAACUACAGGAACGCCGGGAGAGAGCAUCUGCAAAUUUGCUGGAUACUGCGAGAGAGGCUCUUCAAGUGUUGAUUCCGCCGAAAGAUGAAGUAGUUCAAAUCUAUGAAACCGCAUUCGAGUGGCUGAGGAUUCUUCAAGCUUUGCUUCCUCAACCACUCACUGUUCGGUCUGAGAAAGAAGCACUGGACAAUUAUGAGAAGAUGAAAGAGCCAAAUGUGGAUGCUAUGGCACUCGCCUCGUGGAUGCUCACACUAGCACUCACUGCUCAGCAAACGCCUCAAGAACGUAUACUUACACCGGGCCGGCCUGGAGAGUCUACGAGGCGGUUUGAGCUUUCUCGCGUCAUAUCAGACACCGUGGAGAGGACCAUUAUCUCUCAUGAUCGGCUGAUAGGCACGACAUCUGGGAUUAUGCUAUGCAUGCACUGGACUCGGCUUCAACUGCCACAAGGGAAUUUCCAAAAAGCAUGGGUUCGGCUACGGCACCUUGGCGCAAUUGCCGAGUUGAUGGGACUACCGAGCGCAUCCCUAGCUGCCCAUCGCAAUGGAUUACCCGCAACAAAUGAUGAUAAUGCCCAAUUUGGAAAAGCUCAAUUAUGGGAGAUGAUAUGUGCUGCAGAGAGACUUUUAGGAAUGAUUCUUAAUCUUCCUCCAGACAUGCGUUGGCACAAACAUAUAAAGAACGAAGCAUUGACAGUCAACGGCGUGGUUCAACCUCGUUUAUAUUUCGCGAAGAUCGUGAGUCUUGCUGGCAAGGUUCAAUCUUUGGAUGAAUUGAACACGACACGCGGAAGUACUGCUGAACUUUCACGGGCCACCUUUGAGCUGGUCGAAGAGCUCAGGUCGCUUGCCUCUCAAACUCCAGAAUCCUGGUGGACAAAGCAAAUUGAAGUGGACCGCGUCGAACCCGAUGAUAUAGUUCAAGCUAUUCACUAUUACUUGCUCUUGAGGGCUUAUAUGCCAUUGACCCUGCGUCAAGACUCAAGUGAAGAGCCUUUCAACACCCAGGUCGCUUGUUUUAAGGCAUGCGAAUCAGCAAUACAGCGGUACACGGUUCUUCUCGAGGCGAUGCCUCCAGGCUUCUUCCUGUACACUAUGAUGGAGCUGCACAGUUUCACCGCCACGGUGGUUCUUAUUCUGCUUUCUCAUACACCAAGAACCAAUCAACAGUUCAGUCUGUAUGUCGACAAGGCAAGGACUGAAAAGGAAGUGGAAAAGGUCAUUGAUAUUAUGCGCAGAAGAAUUACUAAUACUCCCACUUCACGUAUUGCCGAAAGUGCGGUUGAUACCUUGACUUCUUUGACCAGUCUCCUCAAGGAAGAGGAACACGCCACUCAAGGGCGCAAAUUGAUGCUGGACGUCCCUCUCUUGGGGAAAGUGCACAUUCAGCGGAACACCCGUACACCUCAGCUAGCUCAAAUGGAAGACAUGCAGCCACCGCAGAUCACAUUGAGAUCGACCUCGAGGAUGUCGAGUCAACAACUACUUCCUUCUCUUGGUGUGAAUCCAACCCCCUCGAGCGUGCAGGACGUUCAGCAAUGGGAUGACCUCUCGUGGUUUAUUGAAGAGGACCCUGCCUACUUUCUAAUGUCAGAUGCCUUUGAUCAUAAUUCCGUCAUGUACAAUGGGAUUGGCGAAUUUUCAUCAUAUCGUUAG